AUGAAAAUAUCACUCAUUCUACAGCUUUCUUCCAUCACUGUGCUGGUGGUGUUUCUAAUUAGUUCUAAUAUUUCUCCCGUAUAUGGUCAUUGUUUGCGCGAUCAAAAGGCCUUGUUGCUUAAACUCAAGAAUGGACUUACAUUUGAUUCUUCUUUGUCAACCAAACUAGACAGAUGGGAUCAAAACACUGACUGUUGCCAGUGGCCCGGCGUAAGUUGUGAUCAGAAAGGUCAUGUUCUUGUUCUGGAACUGGACAAUGAAACAAUUUCUGGCGGAGUUGAGAAUUCAAGCAGUCUAUUCGAUCUUAAGUAUCUUGAGAAGCUGAAUUUGGCUUAUAAUCAGUUAGACGCUCUUGAGAGCCCGGAUCUGAAAACACUGGUUGGAAACCUAACAAAUCUUGAAAAACUUUAUCUUGACGACCUAAAUAUUUACAUGAAUGGAACUGAGUGGUGCUGGGCUUUGUCUUCGUCUCUACUUAAGUUGAGAGUGUUAAGCAUGACGCGUUGUGCCAUUUCAGGUCCUCUUGAUCCCGUCUUUCUAAAGCUCCAUUUCCUAGCAGUCAUUCGUCUCGAUCACAAUGACAUGUCUACUAUUGAUCUUGAAUUGCUAGCUAAUUUUACAAAAUUGACUACCCUUAGUCUCAUGAGCUGCAACUUGCGCGGUUCAUUUCCUAGUAAAAUCAUUCAGGUACCAACUCUACAGGAUCUUGAUUUAUCAUAUAAUGAAAACCUUAUUAGCACUUUACCUGAAUUUCCACAGAAAAGUGCAUUAAGGGAAUUAGUGCUUAGCCACACAGGUUUCACUGGUUCACUUCCAAAUUCAAUUGCUAACUUAAGAAGUUGCAAUUUUAGUGGACAUAUUCCAUCAAAUUUGGGAAAUCUCACAGACCUGAUUCACUUAGACUUGUCAUUCAAUAACUUUACUGGAUCAAUCCCACUCUUUCAUAAGGCAAAGAAGCUCAAUCACAUUGACCUUUCUAAUAACAAUGGUCCACUUUCUUCUGCUCAAACUCAAUUAUCAGUUCUCCUUUUUCUCCCCUCAUUGCAGUUCCUUAGUAUUCAAAAGAGUCAUUUACGCGGAAAAGUCCAUGAAUUUUCAAAUGCAUCCUCUUCUGUUCUGGAAACACUUGAUUUGAGUAAUAAUCAUCUAAAUGGAUCGAUCCCUCGGUCUAUCUUUAUACUCAAAAGGCUUUCAGAACUCUCACUUUCUUCCAACUCCUUUAGUGGGACCAUUAAUAUCGAAGCGAUAAAGGGACUUCCUAAGCUAACCAACCUUGACCUUUCUUACAACAACUUGAGAAUUGAUAUACAUGAUAGUAAUUCAACCUCAUUACCCUUUCCAGUUGAAAUGAGCAACCUGAGGUUGGCUUCAUGCAGUUGCAAAAGUUUCCGGAUCUUAAAAACCAAUCGUUGUUUGUCGAAUUAG